AUUUCCAUGACCUCUUAGCAUGCAUGCUUGCAAACCGACGCUCAAGGAAACAGUAUUCUGGGACUCCAGCAGUCCGAUUGCCACCCUUGUGUAAGCGUAGCAAAAUUGGCUGAAACUGCUCUUAAUGUUGAUCAUGGGCGCCGGAAACUGUUCCGGCCAAGCAAUCAGUGACUUCUCUAAGCACAUCGACGGGCAGUUGAUGCGAGUGAACGCUCUUCUAGUGGCAAGCACCAUUGUGAUAGGAGUUAUGGUUGGGAUCGGUGCCUAUGGUCAGCGCUACCGUCACCAUCCACUGACAAGCUUCUUCUUCCUUGGUGCCAGCACAUUGUUCCUGCCCAUCCUCUCCUAUGUUGUCUCUACCAUCAGUGGUAAUCAAGGUCCCGUCGCUGUUUUGUCUGAUACACAAAUAAUAACAGCGUGGUGCAACACAUGGAAACACAUCACCCUUGUCUUGGUAUGGGCUAGUCUUGUUCAGAUUGCUGCCGUCAACACCAGUGCAAUAGUUGCUGGUGAUGACAAGAAAGGCCGAAACAUUGCCUCCCCUCCUGCCAUGGUGCUGCUUGUUCAAGCAAUAUGGACUUCCUACCUUGUCGUUAACUUUAUUGGAAAGGCUUAUGAUGCAGAUUUUGGAAAUGUAUUUAUCCCAAUUCUUGUUCCGCCGUUUGCUGUUCUUGUUGCCAAACUACUUGUCAAAUAUCAUGCUUGGUACGGGGCAAGAGGGUCAUUAGCAUUUGGGCGCAAUCCUAAUCUCAUCGUUGGAUACAUGGAGCAGCUAAAAGCCGAGCUAGCAAGUGAGCAGCAUUCCCUUCCUCCACUCAUUGUUACAGGAGAGGACACAACAUUAGUACACAAGGAGCCUCACGGUUAUAGCCUCAAUCAAGCCAAUGGGACAGGGAUAGACAACAAUGGCUUAGUGACAAUUGACAGAGUUUGGCAGUUGGAGGAUGACAUAUUUCUGACGUGUUCAACCAAGCAGCUUAAAGAUCUAUGCUAUUCAUUUGCGUUGUUCAAGCUGUUAAGAUGCCGAUUUGCAAGGCACACAAUUGCUGAGACUGGUUCCAUGAAGGCCCAUACCUUAUUGCCACACGUGUUGCUCCAAGUCAACGAUGAUGAAAGAGCACUUGGGGUGAUCGCAGAUGAGCUUUCUUUCCUUCAUGAUUAUUAUUACUCAUCUCUACCAGCCUUGUAUUCAAGGAGUUGGUUCCCCAUUUUGAGCAUAUUUAUUUCACUCCUUAGCAUGGGCUGGAGCUUAUUCUGCAUAUUGGCCACAACUUUUGUGAUUGUGAUGUUGGCUUCAAAGGGUGGUGCUGGGCAGAUGCAUUGUUCCAUAGAUUGCCAUCCUAUGUACGACAAAAAUUAUGGAAGUCUUUUCUUCGAUUUUGCACCGGUGUUUUUACUUGCGGCGCUAGUCGUGCUUGCCGAGGUGCGGGAGACUGCUUGUUACAUCUGCUCUAACUGGACUAAAGUAUCCCUGAUCUGCCGCUAUGUUAGGCAUGCUUCUUCUUGGCAGCAAUCACCUUGGAAGAAGAAGUUAAUUGGCCGUCUGUUGCGCUGCCAAUGCAAGCUGCUAAAACAUUGGGAGGACAAAAUGAACCAGUGCUCAGUAUUGGCCCUCAACCGAAGGACAACUCCAGUGGCUCUUCUUCAUCGCCUCAUCCCUCUGCUUGACAGAAAGAAGGUGCCGAGAGCCGUGAAGAUCGCUGUCCUCAAGCCACUGAGGAGCCCCAGUUGGAAGAACCGAAGCAAUGGUGUGGCAUCCCUGUGCACAAGGCUACAACUGCAGGCCAACAACAACCCCUUCUCAGCGUCGAGUGGCGUCAAAGCUAUAGCCGACACCAUGCUCGUGGCCCACAUCGCCACGAGCAUCCUGGAAGUGAGGAGAUCGGAGCCGCCGCGGCAGGCUGACUCUGCUCAUAAGAUCGCCGCCACGCACCUGUCACGCUACUGCGCUUACUUGGUGGCCUACGUCCCUGAGCUACUCCCUGACGACGACGAGUGGUGCAAGAGCUUGUACAAGGCCGUCCAGAAGAAAGGCAAGCGCGCACUCGGGGCAGCAGGUGGCGCGAGGGCGGCGGCGUCGAAUCCCGAAGCGCUGGUCCAGGCGCUGAACGCCAGGCCUGAAACGGCGCACUACGUGCUCAAGAAUGGCGCGGAGCUCGGGAAGAAGCUGGUGGAGCUGGCGGCGGAGGAAGGGGAAGAGGCGGCCUGGGAGGUCCUCGCCGACUUCUGGUCCGAGAUGAUCCUCUACGCCGCCCCGUCGGACAACGUCGACGCCCACGCCGAGGCCAUUGCGCGGGGCGGCGAGCUGAUAACGCUGCUGUGGGCGUUGCUCACCCACCUCGGGGUCGUCAGCCGGCCAGAGCCUGCCACGCCUGACGACGCUCCCGGUGAUGUUUAAGUCGUACAGUUACUAGUCAUGUGUUUCAAUUCACUACUUUCUCUGUUCUUUCAGCUUGAUUGAUGUGGUGUGGUGUGGUGUGCAACUGAGAAACUGC